AUGGAGGAGAUGAGGAAUAUUGAGAGAGUGGAGGGGGAGGACAGAUGCAUGUGCAUCAACACAGAAUGCGGGGGAUUUGGAGACGACGGCUCCUUAGAGUUCACCCGGACUGAGUUUGAUAAGACUCUGAAUAGUGAAGCUCAGCAAACGUUUGAGAAGAUGAUUGGUGGGAAAUACCUGGGAGAGAUAGCCAGACUGGUCUUGAUGAAACUGAACCAGCUAAAGCUUUUUGAGAGGCUGUCUGUGGACAAAGGAUUUGUAUUUGAAACCAAAUACAUCUCAGACAUAGAAAAGGCCUGGGGUCAGUCAUUGACACAGAUCAAUGCUAGUGCCAGUUUUAAGGCCCAGAGACAGAGGAAACAGAGGAAAGACCAGGAGAUUCUGACUUGUCUGAAGCUGCCAUUCAGUCUUGUGGAUUGUGAGAUAGUGUAUUUGGUGUGCAAAGCGGUGUCUAAACGUGCUGCCAAGUUGUGCGCUGCUGGCCUGGCAACCAUUGGCAACUGUAUCCGUGGCAGCCGUGGACUGGACAAGCUAUGCAUCAAUGUGGGGGUGGAUGGCUCUGUCUAUACAGAACACCCCAAGUUUAGUGAGCGGCUGAAGGAGACUGUGGCCAUCCUGGCCCCAAAAUGUAAACUCACUUUCCAUGUCUCUGAGGAUGGCAGCAGGAGAGGGGCAGCCAUAUUGGCAGCCAUGACUCAGGGACGGGCCGAUCAACCUAAGCAAGUAGAAGUGUGCCUGCAGCCUUUCCGUCUCUCUGUGGAGAAGCUGCAGGACGUGUCAUCUCGCCUGAGGAAGGACAUGAUCAGAGGGCUGGGCAAACACACACACUGCCGGGCACCCGUCAAGAUGCUGCCCACCUUUGUGAGGGCAAUACCUGAUGGGAGAGAGAAGGGGGACUUCCUGGCUCUGGACCUGGGCGGGACUAACUUCCGGGUGCUGCGUGUCCGCGUGGUGGAGGAGAUGCAGAAGCUCCUGAAGAUGGACAGUAAGAUCUGUGCCAUCCCCCAGGAGAUCAUGCUGGGGACGGGAGAACAGUUGUUUGACCACAUCGCUGCAUGCCUGGCUGAGUUCCUGGAGUCUCUGGAGCUGAAGGAUCAGACUCUGCCUCUAGGCUUCACCUUCUCCUUCCCCUGCGAGCAGAAAGAUAUCGACAAGAGCAUCCUGAUCCACUGGACCAAAGGCUUUAACUGUUCCGGAGUGGUAGGAGAGGACGUUGUGAGGUUACUGAGAGAAGCCAUCCACAGGAGGGGGGAUUAUGACAUUGGUUCCGUUGCCAUGGUGAAUGACACGGUGGGGACCAUGAUGAGCUGUGGAUACAGGGACCAGAGCUGUGAAAUUGGCAUGAUCAUUGGGACGGGGACGAAUGCAUGUUACAUGGAGGAGAUCAAAAACGUGAAGAGAGUAGAGGGGGAAGACGGACGCAUGUGCAUCAACACAGAGUGGGGGGGAUUUGGAGACGACGGCUCCCUAAAGGACAUCCAGACUGAGUUUGACCUGGUGGUGGAUGGAGACUCACUCAACCCAGGCGUGCAUGUCUUUGAGAAGAUGAUCAGUGGGAUGUACUUGGGAGAGAUAGCCAGGCUGGUGUUGGUGAAGCUGGCUCGGGACAAGCUACUGUUUGGAGGAGAUCUAUCAGUGGCCUUGCUCACACAGGACAGCUUUGAGACCAGAUUCAUCUCCGAGAUAGAGGAGGAGAACACAGGACUGCAGAAGGCCCAGGAGAUUCUGUCAGAGCUGGACCUGACUGUCGGGCCUGUGGACUGUCAGAUUGUGCGUCUGGUGUGCGACUCUCUCUCCACACGCUCGGCCCAGUUGUGUGCCACUGCCUUGGCAACCAUUGCCAACCGUAUCCGUGUCAACCGUGGACUGGACCAUCUAAGCACCACAGUGGGGGUGGACGGCACAGUAUACAAGAAACACCCCAACUUCAGUGAGAAGCUCCAGGAGACCGUACGCAUCCUGGCCCCCAAGUGUGAUAUCACUUACCUCGUCUCCGACGACGGCAGCGGGAAGGGAGCUGCCAUGGUAACGGCAGUGGCACAGAGGCUGGCCAUGCAGUCCCGGAUACUAGAGGACAUCGAUGGAGAGGAGGAAGAGGAGGAUCAGGAAAAUUAAGC